UUAACUAAAGUGGGUCUUAUCCCACAAACACAGAAAUCUAAGACAGUGAACUUGAAAUAGGGAAAAACGCACUAACGAACCACAUCACAUAGUAAAAAGGGGUUGGGUAGAAGCGAAGAAUAACAACGCAGAUCUGUGUGUGAGAGAGAGAUGUCACGAGGGAGAUCUGAUUCAGGAGGAUGGUGGAGAUGGUGUUUAGUGGUAUUUGCAGUGAUAUCAGCGUUGGUAGUGUGUGGGCCAGCCCUCUACUGGCGAUUCAAGAAUUCGAUCACUUUCCCCAAUUCCCAUUCCAAUUCCAAACUCUCUUGCCCUCCAUGCCUCUGCCAUUGCCCCCCUCCUUUGUCCCUCUUCCACCUUGCUCCUGGCUUGGCCAAUCUCUCUGUCUCAGAUUGUGGAGGAAAUGACCCAGAACUAAAGGAGGAGAUGGAGAAGCAGUUUGUGGACCUUCUCACGGAGGAGCUUAAGUUGCAAGAGUCUGUUACUGAAGCAACCACUCGGCACAUGAACAUAACUUUGGCUGAAGCAAAAAGAGUGGCAUCUCAGUAUCAGAGAGAGGCAGACAAAUGCAUUUAUGCAACUGAAACAUGUGAGCAGGCAAGAGAGCGAGCUGAGGCCAUACUCAUCAAGGAGAAAAAGAUGACUAUUGUGUGGGAGCGGCGAGCACGUCAAAUGGGUUGGGAAGGAGAAUAACUUGCUUAUUAUUUAUAUUCUUUAUGGUUAUAAUCUUGAUCAUGAUUUUGUACAAGCAUGCAAGCAAAAUGCAAAAUGCUUGAGUUGUCAACCAAUUUAGUUUAAAAUUGAUAUGCUACUGUGUUUGUAACCUAUAUGCUUGUAUCAAACAAUUUUCACCUCAGAGAUGGUACCAAUGCAUAAGCGUGCACUAUUAGUGUAUUACCACGACACACUCCCCUGGGCGCUUGAAAUUCUUAAAAUAUGUUCUUGGAUUUGAUUAUAUUA